AUGGCGGCCUCCGGAGAUCUGAUCGACUUCGACAUCAUUGAGAACCAGAAGGAAAACAUCCAAUCUCUACCGGGCGGUCGCUCUGCGAGAGAUUUGGCCCGCAUCUUUUCCCCGCGUGACCCUAGCGAUAAACUUGCGUCGCCUUCUCCGAACGAUACAAGGACUCUUAACGAUGCGAUCCGACAAGAGUACGAGUCUGAACUACAGGCAAUCGGCGAAUCCGAUGAUCCUCUUGACAUAUAUGACCGCUAUGUAAAGUGGGCAUUGAAUGCAUACCCCUCAGCCCAAGCAACAGCAGAAUCCGGCCUCCUACCACUGUUAGAACGCGCAGUUAAAUCAUUCCUAUCAUCACCCCACUACAAGAACGACCCUCGUUACUUGAAGUUAUGGCUCCACUACAUAAGGCUGUUUUCCGACUCUCCCCGAGAAACUUUCGCAUUUAUGGCACGCCACCACGUCGGGGAAGGCCUCGCUCUAUUCUAUGAAGAAUUUGCUGCUUGGCUUGAAAGUGCCGGGAGAUGGACACAGGCCGACGAGGUUUAUAGACUUGGUAUUGACAGGGAAUCCCGACCAACAGAGCGAUUGGCCCGAAAAUAUAAUGAUUUUCAGAGACGUUAUGAACAACAAUCACAAGACAACGGACCAUCCUCCCCCGCCCUUCCCGCAGUCCGUCCUGCAUUAGCGGCCAAAGUUGACCCCUUUGCCUCGAGUGCCGCCGAAUCCGCAGACCCCCAAGCCCAGCGCCCAAGCUCCGCAACGGCAAGUGUGCCAAAAACAAAGUCGGGCAAAGCGAAGAUGGCAAUAUUUACAGAUACAGAUCCAGCAGCGAGCCAGCCUGCCCUGGGUGGACAAACUAAAGGCUGGGAUAGUAUUGGGUCUAGGCAAGAGCGACGAAAAGAGAAUACGGUGGAGGCCAAGCCAUGGGCCGGAGAAAAAUUGAAAGCUGGAAAGAAAGCUGCGCCCACGGAGAAGCUAGCGGUUUUCAGGGACGAGUCAAAAUCAGAUUUACCAGUGAAAGAGGAAAUGCAAUCCAAGCCAGUUCCAGAGCAUCGUGUAAGGGAAGCGAUCAACCCGCGUACAGGAAGGAGGGAGCGAGUCUUCGUCGAUCUUGCUGCAGUAUACCCGGACUACAAGAAUCCAAACAUUGAGGUUAGCUUUGAAGAGCUGAGAGCUAUCAAACGUGGCUGGAUGGACAAGGAUUGGCGUGCCAAUAAGGAGCCCCUCAAGCAAAUCUCAGGAAACGCUGCACAAGGAGAACUACCCUCGUCCAACCCAACCGGGCUUGGGGCUGAUAAGGCUCUCCCAGACCAGUUCCAGCAGAAGUUAACCUUGAAGGAUACAGAUGGCCACGCUUUGGACCAACCGAUUGAUGGGGAAAAGGCUCAAGAUGUCAAGAGUGGGAAGGGAAGGAAAUUGAAAGUCCGUGAAGUGAAGGGCGAAACGCAGACAAUCAAAAUGAAGUUCGAUUCGCCGUCUGGAAACAAGAUUCGUCGCAAAAGCACUGCAGAGCCGACGAUGACCAUUCAUACGCGGGCUGCCACAGACGAAAUCUAUAGUAUUUUCAACCAACCGUUGAAGGCGGAGACCGACAAUGUAGCUGAAAGUAGCGAUUUCGAUGAUGACGACUACACCAGUGCUGGAGAAAGUACGGGAACCGGACGAAUUUCUGCUGCUUCAAGUGAUUUUGGUGAUGAUACAUUCCACAAGUCAUUCGAUGAAGGCGAGGGAGAUGACGUUUACGAUAACACUCAGGCCGAGAGCGUUGUUGACGGGGAAUGGACGCGAUUCUCUGCGGCCGACGUUGGUUCUGAAACAACAUCGUUCCAUUCGCACUCUAUUGACCCAACACAAUCACCAACACAUAAUGCCGAAAGCGACAACACAGGAUCCUUCGACUCUGGCCCCGCAGACGACAAGCCCCAAAGACAGAGAUUUGUUCCGGAGAUGCCUGAAGAUUAUGCAGCACCUUCUGGUCCAUAUCGAGACCCUGUCGUAGCCGCCCAGAAUCGUCUACCCUUCAUGACACCAAUCGUGGAGCGCACCGAGCACUCCUUCCCAUCGAUGACCGCCGCUCGAAGUAAUAUAUACAGCGCAAAGACCCCUUCACGGAAUGUCCUAAACCCGACAACAACACCUGGCAUGCCACAAAUGGGAAAUCUCUUGUCUAGUCCACUCCCAACCGAAACGCCGUUCCAUGGGCAAACCCUUCAAGGUCUAGAAGAUAUUAUCGAAAGCCCUACCGCGAGCAAGGCAUACUCAGGAAGCAGAACACCGUCUCCUCUAAAGGCAACCAGCGACCAGGGGGUGAUUAUCAAAGAUAUGGUUUGCAAUCCCAUCGCCAGAUCUAUUCGAGACACCAUCAUCCGCGCUCUGCAAUCCACACUCGCAAGAUAUUCCGGAUAUCAUGCCCAUCCUGAUGCACAAACACACUAUGCCCCCGAAAUCGAAAAAUUCAUGAAGAACAGUAGCAAACGAUCUAGAAGCGGUGACGAGGCGGCCUUUGACGUUCCCAUAAUCGACAUCCCAGGGGCGGUGAGAAACUAUAUCAUCAGACGGGAACUUGGGGCCGGAGCAUAUGCCCCGGUUUAUUUGGCGGAAAGUAUUGAUAGUCUAGCUUCUGACUCUGACCUAGAGUCGACCGACAGCAACAGCGGAGGUUCUGUUGACAACAACCUGACACGGCGGAAAGAACCCCGUUAUGAUUUUGAAGCGAUCAAGUUGGAAGUUGGCCCACCCAGUGCUUGGGAGUUCUACAUGAUCAAAACCGCGCAAGACCGACUAGGUCGGCUUCCGCAGCUUUCACGCGCCGCUGAUAGUAUCAUCCGUGCACAUGAGCUGCAUAUAUUCAAGAGCGAGAGCAUCCUGGUUGAGGAUUACCGCCCACAGGGAACACUGCUCGACCUUGUGAACCUCGUUCGUAACGAAGGGAUUUCGGGUCCCGCCACUGGGGAGGGAGGGCUCGAUGAAGCCCUCGCAAUGUUUUUCACUAUUGAGCUCUUCCGCACCGUCCAAGCUCUUCACGCCUGUGGUAUUCUACAUGGUGACAUCAAGGCCGACAACUGCCUCAUUCGCUUCGACGACAACCAAGCACAGCCCACUCUCGAUGACUACUCCGCAGACCCCCGGGAAGUAUACUAUUCCCCCACGGGUUCAUUCGGUUGGCGCAACAAAGGCCUGUCUCUCAUCGAUUUCGGCCGCGGUAUCGACAUGCGUCCCUUCCACCCUGACGUGCAAUUCAUCGCAGACUGGAAAACCGGCGAACAUGAAUGUCCUGAAAUCCGCGAGAUGAGGCCUUGGACUCACCAAAUCGAUCUCUACGGUCUCGCCGGUACCAUCCACGUCAUGCUCUUUGGUAAAUACAUCGAAUCUGUAGCUACCGAUGCAGCUAAAAAGACGUAUCGGAUUCGUGAGCCGCUCAAACGCUACUGGGAACGUGAUAUCUGGGCCGACGUCUUCGAUCUCCUCCUCAACCCUAGUGCGGAUCGGUGGGUCCAAAUGGAGAAUAAGACUAGCUCCAAAUCUAACACUCCAGUCCUGAACUCCAUGCAGUACCUCCGCGAGAGAAUGGAGGCAUGGCUUGUCGCUAAUGCGGAGAAAAAGGGACUUGGUCUUCAGAUUCGCAAGCUGGAGGCUAUCUUUGCGGAGAGGAAGAAGAGGUUGGAGAGGGUUUAA